UUGGCAUUAUUCAGACUGAGAGUUCAUGAUCAAUCAACAGGAAUGAAACAGAUUCAGCCUGUAGACGUAGCAAUGGCUUCACCAGCGGUUGCCUCACCCGUCAAAGACGAUUUUGAGAGCAAUCUGGAUUUGGAGCUUGAAAAAUUGGAUGGUUGUCCUUUGGAUCAAGAAGAAUUUCAAUCCAAUCUCUCAAGUCGGGAAAAAUCUCCGGAGGGAAAUGGUGUUUCAGGGAACUCGAACCAAGAUCAUUUGGAAGAUUCUCCAAACACAAACAAUGACUUUGAUAAUAAUGGGAAUACUGACGAGGAAAGCACGGGAAUCCAGGAUGGAUCCAAGUUAGAGAGCGGCAGCAAAACAAUUAAUAUGGGAGAAGCUGAUGAUCAUGAUGAAGGAGACGAAGAAGAUGACGAAGAUGAUGUAGAUGAAGAGGAUGAUGACGAAGAUCAGGAUGUUGAUAGUUUGUUGAAAGAGGUCUCUGAAUUGGUCGAUAGCGAUUCCGACUCGAAGGAUGAGACCAGGAACACAGAGGCCCGACCUCCACCGAAUGUAGAGGAGGAGGAAAACGAAGCGGCCAUGUUGCUCCUUGAGGAUUCACAAAGCCCGCAACCGGCCAUGGAUUUGGAUGAGGCGACUACUUCCCAAUUGCUUGAGGAGGAGGAUGACGAAAUGACCUCUGAUUUCAUCGCUGCAGAGGCUGAUUUGGGUGAAACAUCGGAUUUGACCUCGCUUAACACAACUGAAGUACUGAACUCUGAAGAGACCACCAAAAACAAGCCAUCCAACUCGGAAUUUGACAAGAGUGCCGUUGUUGAACUUGGGGGAAAAAGCAAGGAUGGGUCAGCCGUAGUGGAUACGCCAAUCCACGCUGAAAAAGAGUCCUCUCCUGAGACAAGGUCUAAACCUACGACAGAGACUCAAUCAAUUGAAACAUCCCCCAAUGCCGUAGGUACACUUAAAGAUAUUGCCAAAGUGAGUCCACACUUAGAAUCGCAAUCAAUCAGCAAUCCUAUUGUUCGAGAUUCAAGUAUUCCCGCUACCAAUGAGGAAUCCUUGGAGACCACGCCUACAGAACAUGAAUCAAGUUCCAAAGAUCCUCCAUACUUGAGCUCAGAAUAUUGUGCCACUAAAUUGGACGAGGACUGUAUUGAACUAUCUGAUGCUGACAAGCCGGACAGGUCGAGCGAGUCCAAACCACAUAAGGUGGCUGAAAUUAGCACAACCGGAUCGAAGCUCUUGGAAGAGAAAGUCGUACUCCAUAGUGAAGACUCCGAAAUUAAAGAAUCAUCUGAUCCCGUUAAAAAUGGCCAGAAUGACACCCAUGUAGCCGUUGCUGAUGAAAUUAGUAAAACUAUUGACAAUGGAAAAAUUGAGCCCAUGGACGUUUCACCCAUUGUCGAGGAGACUGCCGACUUGGCAACAAACAAAAAACCGUCGACUCUUACAAAAGAAGACAAGGACGACUCUCGGACUAAAAAAGAUCGGGAUGUUUCCAGCCCUACAAGCAAUCAACCGCAAGCGCAAACCAAAGAUGAAUCCGAUGGCAAAGCUUCGAAUGGAAUCACUUUCUUGGAUGAUGCAUUAGAUGCUCUUCAUGGAAUUGCCCAAUCCAAUCGUAAACUAUUAGACGACGAGUCCCCCACCAAAAGACCCAGAGCACUAGAUUCGGAAUUAGAUGAGACAAUAGUGCCGGCAAAGAAAGUCAAAAUCGGCGAAUCAGACGAGCCCUCAACUCAUCAAAAUGGUGACGACGAAACAUCCGCUAAAGCAGCCAGAAAACUCCAGAAGGUUGUGAAGCGAAUGUCUAGACCGGAAAUCGAGGAUUUGGUCACGGAAAUCAUGGUUGAGGUCCUUUCUGGCCGGUCAGAGAUCGGUAAGCUUCGUCAGAAGUGUGACUCCUACGACGAGAAUCUGGAGCUGUGGAAACGCAAAGCCACAGCUCUACAAAAACAGUGUCAAGAUCUUAACACAGUGAUGCGGAAGUACAUCACAGAUGUUAAAAAUCGACCGCAAGACAAGUUUACUCCAAUCAAAAUUACCAGAUCUGUCGGGCUACAGGUUGUGGGUGAUCGGAAGCGUUUAUCUAUUAAUGGGGCCCCAACUAGCGUGAUUAAUAUGUCGCCUUUGAAGCAGAUGGGAACAACGAAAAAGACGCAUCAAAGCACAUCUUCAGUCAUGCCGCGAGUAACUAACAACCUCGCCAUCGCACCCGGGGUUUCCAAUCCAAAAGUUCCGAUGCGUUAUCCUCUUCCCCAAGCAACAGGUGGCUCUAACAUCCUAACAUUAAGAAAAGUACCAAUGAUAGGUUCCUCCAAUCCUGGCCCCAAAUCCAAGACCGCAAUCGGCACAGCCGUGGCUCCAAAGUCAUUGCUACACCCUGUUUCGUCUCAACCUAACAAGGUCGUGGUCUCCAGUCAGGUGACCCCAACCACUGUAUCUCAAGCGCCAAUUCCACAGAGACCUCCAACGAGCGCGCCGAAAGCAUCGAAUGACGUUAUUGAUGUAGUUGAUCUCUCAGAUGAGGAUGAAAAGCCAAGUCCUCAGGCCCCGGUUAAUAAACCCCUCCGGGUGGUGCCGUUUAAUCGCUUGCAAAAUCCGCAAGCCUCACGGCCCACGUCGCAAAAUGGGACGUCGAUGAAUAGUAGACCUUUGGGUAAUCAGCCCCCGUCGCUUUUUAGCUUGAAUGGACAUCCGGCACCACUUCCAGCUUUACCGCUGUCUCAGCACAAGCUGCAAACCCAAACGGGUGCAAAGGCAAUUCCUCCCAAGCCCUCACUUAAGAUCUCCAAAUUAAAGUCAGGCAUAGUUUUGUCAUGGAACGUGGACCUUGUGCCCACGAUCCACGCGGAUAUCACAUUUUACCAGAUAUUUGCCUACCAAGAAGGCAACGCAGCGCCUUCAUCCAGUCUGUGGAAGAAGGUUGGGGAUGUCAGGGCUCUACCUUUGCCCAUGGCUUGUACCCUAACCCAGUUCCAAAAAGGCCAUAAGUAUCAUUUUGCUGUUCGAGCCUUGGAUGCACAUCAACGUCUGGGUACCUUCAGCGAUCCUCAAUCAAUCCAGUUGUCCUGAGCUUUGAGACAAGACCCGAUCCAAUUCAUGGGUCACAUCAUUUGACUCGUUUUGUGUGCGUUAAGUUCGCUCCUAUCAAGGGCGAGCAUGGUUUGAGGAGGACACAAAUGUGUCCCACUCACCCCUCUUUUUGAAGCAAGUGAAUCUAGAACAAAUGCAUUGGGAUUUUGAAAAAAAAUAGAGAUGAACAUUGAAAAUGUAAACCGACGCACGCAAAAGA